GUUUUUAUAAUAUCGGAGAGGGCAAUUGUAUUUCAGGAAACCUCGGGAGUCGGUUAACUCAAGUUGCAAAUAGCGCGGUAAUUCCGUACAGAAGGGCUGGGAUGUUAUUUCGAUUCUUAAAUCUGAAAUUAUUAAAUUUAAAAUUUUGUAUGCAAGGCAGUAUAUCAACGGUCGAAUUGUGACGAGAGUGAAUAGGGAUGAGGAAGAGAAAAGAAAGAAAGGGAAUUGAGCGUCGGCCAGAAACCCUAAAUCCAAAUCCAGUUAAAGAGGAAGGAGAAAAUGAAAUGAAAGGCAAAGAAGGAAAAGGUUUCUUCGCGUGCUAUCUGUUAACUUCGCUCUGCCCCCGUUACAAGGGCCACACAUUCACUGUGAAUCCUAGGCGUCGAAUAAGGCAGCAUAAUGGUGAAAUAAGGUGUGGCGCUUUUAGAACAAAGAGGAGACGCCCUUGGGAAAUGGUUUUAUGCAUUUAUGGCUUCCCAACAAAUGUGUCUGCUCUUCAGUUUGAGUGGGCCUGGCAGCAUCCAGCAGAAUCACUGGCUGUGAGGCAGGCAGCAGCAACUUUUAAAUCCUUCUCUGGGGUUGCUACUAAGGUUAAACUUGCAUACACAAUGCUUAACCUCCCCAACUGGAAGAGUUUGAGUAUCACUGUGAACUACUUUUCAACAAAAUAUUUGAAACAUGCUGCUAGUUGCCCAAGCCUGCCGGGUCAUAUGAAGGUCCAAGUUUAUCCAAUGGAUGAUCUUCCCUGCUAUAUUAGAAGACAGGAGAGUUUACCGGGGAAUGAAGAUGAUUGUGAUGAAACUAGUGACAACAGUGGAAGUUUGGAGGAUGCAUCUACUGAUAAAUCUAUUUACAGUACAUUAGAUUUUUCACAUAGCAGUGAUGAGGCUUUCUGUGAACAACUGGCAUCAAAUCUAGAUGGAAGCUGUCAACAGGCUUUUGGAUCAACCAAUUCGCUAACAAGAACUUCUUCUGUGGUUACCAGCAUUCCUUCUAUAGUGACAAUGAAAGGCACAGACGCAUUUGGAUUUGUUCAAGGGAGUACAAGUGAACCGAGUCAGCAAAGAAGAGAACAAUUUGCAGCAAACACUGAUGAAAACCAAAAACCAUGCCCGAGGGAGAAACUAUUUAGAACUGCUGAAGUUACCAAUAAAGAUCAACGAACAAUCCAAAGCUCUCAUGUCUUUCAAAAAGUUGAGGUUGUAGAUUUGUUGACACCGUCUCCUAGCUGCAGAAUUAGGUCAUGCAACAAGAAGAGAAGGAUUUCUAGUUUUUCUCCUGUGAUCAUUGACUUGACUUAGGCCUCUUUCCCAGUGGCAUCAAAUAUAUAGAAAAAAAAAAAAUUAAAAUAGCAAAGAGAAUCACAAUGAAAAUGUGUGCUAUUAUUGUAUUUAGUGUUUCUCUUUUAUCCAAGUUAGGCUUCCAGUUGUCCAAUUAUAUAUUUUGGACAUACUGCUAUCAAACAAUAGUGAAAAGAACAGAAAUAAAAAUGUUCAUUGUGUAUUUUGAAUGUGUUUGCUACAUUGAAAUAAUUAUUGAUAAUAAUAGAUCAUUCGAACCCCCUAAUCUUGUAAGGGUUUUGAGUUA